AUGAAGUUCAUUUUGAUGUCCCUCGUCCUUGCGGCCACUGCUCUUGCCGGAAAGGAUGGGCACGACAGCGAUAAAGUCUGCAAGAGUGGCCAGAGUGUUGUCUGCUCCAAAAAUGGAAGUGGUCUUCUGACCCUCGGAAACGUUGCGACAGGUGCACUGGGCGUCGACUGCUCUGGCGGCGAUGUUUAUUGCUGUGAUGACAAAGAUGUUGCGAAGGGACUCAUUAACCUGGAUGUAAAUGCCCAGUGCAGUCUUAACCAUGUCCUCUAA